AUGCACAAACGAUGCCAAUAAUUUUGUGAUAUAACAUAUAACCAUAUGCUUAACGAUAACCGACAUGUAAAAUUAUAUUUCCGGUUUGCAGUGUGAUCGAAGGAAGAGCUUGGGUGAAAUUUAAUAUGACUGUGCCUCCAGGAAAGACCCCGAUUAGCUUCCUCCAAGAAUUAUGUACCAAAAGGGGGAUAACUCCACAGUACGACCUAAUUGCCAAUGAGGGUGCUGUUCAUGAGCCAACCUUCUUAAUGAGGGUGACAGUGGGCGAUGUCGUUGCCACUGGAAAAGGUUCAAGCAAGAAGAAAGCCAAACAUGCAGCUGCCCAGACAGCCCUCAACCAGAUUCUUGGUGUGUCCAAUGGCCAGAAACCAGAAGAAAACGAUGUCUCUGACUCUGGAGAGGACCUUGGUCCUGGGAAUCCAAUCGGGGAACUUCAGGAGUUCACACAGAAGAAACUGAUCAAACCACCAGUCUAUGAGUUUACUAGUGAGCAGGGACCACCACAUGCUCGCGAGUUUGUCUGUCUUGUCAAGCUUGGAAAGUUCCAGGAAAGAGGUAGGGGGCGAUCAAAGAAAACAGCCAAGCGCAAUGCAGCGCAGGCAAUGAUGCAGCAUAUCAAGACCAUCACCACAGAUGGGGAUCAACCCACGACCAUCGAGGACUCGGAGGAGGAGGAUGAAAUACCACUGACCUUUGAGCCGAAGUCGUCCUACACAGCCCUGAAGGAGGGCAAGAAGAAGCUGCCUGUCACCACACCGCAACAGGCGAUGGAGAUACAGAAGUUUUAUGAGAAAAUAAUGAAAUCAGGGGGCAAACAAAUCAAAGAUCUGCAGGGUAAAUCUCUCAAUGCACCAUCCACCAACUUCUGUCAGAUGCUACAGGAGAUAGCUGAGGUCCAGCGCUUUGAAGUCCAGUAUUUUGAUAUAAAAGAGAUUAGCGCAUCAGGGCAACACCAGUGUCUUGUCCAGCUGUCCACAAUGCCAGUAGCGGUCUGUCACGGCUCGGGACCCACUCUAGACGAAGCUCACGCUAAUGCUGCCCACAAUGCAUUGCAGUACCUAAAGAUAAUGACAAAGUCGUAACCAUGGACCCCAGGAAAUAACAUAGCCUCACUUUAUUAAGUAGAAUUUGGAGGACUGUUGUAGUAACUUAUAAGCAAGUUUUUUGAUUGGGCCAAAUACAAAUAUUUGAAUUUUAUGAAGCACUGAUAUUGUAUUUUACAGCAAGUUUUCUGCAGCCUGUGCUGGUCACAAGAGAAGGGUUUUAUGUGUAUGGUUCCUUGUGAUUAUGAGUUUGAAUAGGUUCUUAGCAAUAUGUGAUUGUCGGAAGAGGCAACAAAGUGGAUCAGCUGGUGAGGAUCAGCUGGUGAGGAUCAGCGAGUGAUGAUUUUGUGCCAGUGUACCUAAACAACAUAUCACUCACUGGAUUGUCUGGUCUGGAUUAUUCACUGGCUGUCAUAAAACUUGAGGGGCGGUGGGGUAGCCUAGUGGUUUAAGCAUUUGCUCGCCAUGCCGAUAACCAGGGUUUGAUUCCCCACAUGGGUACAAUGUGUAAAGCCCAUUUCUGGUGUCCCCUGUUGUAAUAUUGCUAAAAGCGGCGAAAAACCAUACUCAUUUACUCAUAAACCUUUAUAAUUAAAGUGCAGGAUUCAAAACAUUUCUCCCACAUCACGCUGUCUGACUAGGAUAGAACUGAAAUAUUGCUCAAGCAGAGUAAACCCACCCAAUUCUCUUCUCCCCAUGUUCAUAAACUCAGUUAUUUUCUCAGUGCUAGAUAAAAUUGACGUAUUUCUAUUUGGUCCUGUAUCUAGUAUAUCCCAUUGAAAGAAGGUUUAUUGUUCUUGAAUGGCAUUUUCUUCACUGUAGUCACCAGAUGAAUGUUUUUUAGGAUUUUGUUUUACCAAAGUUUUUGAAGCAUUUUUCUGUGGCUGUUUUAUUGUGACAUUGUAUAAAACCAGAUGGCUGCAUUUACCUCCUUACCAUGCUGUACAACAGACCCCAGUAACAGCAGGUGCUUGUCAUUAUGGCCAGCGGUUACAGCUUUGGACACACAUUUGGCAAUAUUUUUGUGAUUCUUUUCUAACAUAGUAGGCGGCGGUUGGGAAGCCUAGUGGUUAAAGUGUUUACUUGUCGUGCCAAAGACCUGGGUUCAAUUCCCCAAAUGGGUACAGAGUGUGAAGCCCAUUUCUGGUGUUCCCUGCCGUGAUACUGCUGGAAUAUUGCUAAAAGUGGCAUUAAACAAAACUAACAUAGUACAGUCUGAGGAAACUGACUAAUCAAGGAUAUUUUUUUGUAAUAAAUCUGUCAACAGGUCAGUAACAAGUGGUCCAGAAAUCCUCGACUGUUGGCGAGUUUGAAACGAUGGGGAAUUAUAUAAGCUGUAGCCCAGCCAGUAUACUCAGGAAAUAGGUUUUUAUGACAGGCAUAUUGUAGAACAUUUGAAAAUCUACACAUGCUACAAGUCUGCAGUCUUAUUGACACGCCCUAGCUUUAAUGAAGACGUCUCUGGCUCAAGAGCUAAGGAAUGGGGCAUUAGAUUCUUCCAGUUUCACAUACUUUCUGCAAUUUUUGUAUUUAAAUCUUUUUGUGAGAUGUUGCAAUUUUUCAAAGAAAACAGAAAAAAUUACAUGUCCUAUUUUUGAUGGUCUUCAAUAGAUGAAAUACUUUUUGGUCAAACUAAUGUACGGUACAUCCAAAUUGGUGCUAAAUCCAACUGUCUGCCCUGGAGAAGCAGAAGAUGAAAAGUAAUGAAUGGAAAAUGUGAUAGUGUGUUAUUGAAUGUUAAAGUACAUACUUUCGUGUAGAAUCUGUUGUACAGCAACAUUGGACAGGGUUAUCUCACUGCCAGAUGUUUCUCUUACUCUGUAGCUUGUUAGACGUAGCGAUGAUGAUUCCACGAUUCAUUGUGUCAAAACUUCUUGUGUGUAUGGGCAUUAUCUCAGACUGUCAAGACAGUACUGCUUCAUGAACACGCUUGGUGCUGAUGUGGUUGGUAACUUGUGGCAUCUACAGACUUUCCUGGUCGACAUCUAUCAACAUGCUCUGUUGACAUCUACCAGAUUUCUGGGAACAAUGUGUAAAGCCCACUUCUGGUGCCCCCAACCACGAUAUUGCUGGAAUAUUGCUAUCGGCGGCCUAAAACCAUACUCAUUCAUUCAUUCUCCCAUCUGUCUUGGUCGACGUCUACCAGCUCUGCUGGUCAAUAUCUACCAGCUUUAGCAGCAUUAGCAGCAUCUAUCAUCUCUAUCAGUAUCUACCAGCUUUCCCUGUCAACAUUUACUGUACAGCCAGACGACAGUGCAUGGAGCUGAAGAAACGAUACAGAUUCUUGUUUAGUUGUAGGAUUACGCGGCAAACAUCGAAUUGAUGGCACUUUGCACUUCAUCUUAGUAUGUUUUUUGACAUUACAGUCUGUGUUGUGUGUUGUUUGAAUGUACCGCUGUGGAUGUGUUGUCCAGUCAGCUAAACCCCAUGUGCUGCCAUGAAACGAGUAGUCAGUUGUCGGCGUCCGAGUCUUUCCAGUCACUGAGCAUCAGCUUUGUAGCUGCAUCGAUGGAGCUGAGUGUGCAGCUACAUGUUCAAUCACCUACGAUAAAUGAUCUUGUAUUGUCCAUGUUGUAGCACAAAUAGAUUGUGAUGUAAGACCAUGUGAAAAGUGACUUCUCUCCAGAUUCUUAUUUUCUAUAGGGGUGAUAAGAUAACUAUUUAUGUAAGGGCUGAUUUGGCACCCCAAAACACAAGGAUCGAAUCCACAUAUGUUUACAAGUGUGAAAUCAUUUCUUGGUGUCUAAACUGGCAUUCAAUUUACUCACUCUCUUAUUUUUCAAAUGUUCCAGUCACCUGAAAUUUUGUUUCUGACCUUUCCCUUUUCAAUGAUGAACAACGUCUCUUUUUUAAAAAGAAAAAAAGAUAUUUUAAUGGUAUUUUUGGCAACAAUUGAAUCUAAAAAAGUUAAAUAACAUCACCGCUAAAAUAGGACUUUGUUCCAUGGUCGGUUUCACUAUUUUCAGUGCAGACAUUGGGAUUUUUGUGCCGAGUGUGAAUUAGAGACAUAUCCAUGUAAUCAGGGCACUCAUUUACUGUAUGAAUGAUUCACAUUAUUGUUUCUGGGUUUUGUGUUACUUCUGACUUGCUGUGUCAGUAUGCAGGGGCUUUGUCCAUCUGUAAUUAACAUUCUUCGUUACUGGACUAAGACUGGCUUGGCUUCAUCAGUACUCAUUCUCAUUUCAGCUUUCCUCGAAAUCUGUCAUGCCGCUCCUUGAAAUCAACAUGUUUACCAAAUCUUUCAUUAAUAUAUACGUGAUAUACAUCUGAAGACUGAAAUGAAAUUAUGAAACAUGGAAUGAAAUUAAUUACUUGUGACACUUCUGCAGAGUGUGUGAUUGUUUAUUGUCCACUGCAAGGGGAUAUCAAAUAUCAACCCGUCUGCUCUACCAGACUAUUUAUUUCAAAAUCGGUGAAAUUGAUUAUUUCUGAGAGCUCUCCUGGUGGGAGAUAUAAACAGCUAUUCAAUCAGACUGAAAUUAACUAAUGACAAAGACAAUGAAAUUGAUUAUUUCAGAGAGCUCUUCUGCUGGGUCUCAGUGUCCAUUGCAGGGAGAUAUAUACAGUUAUUCCACCUGACUGAAAUGAACUAGUGACAAAGACAAUGAAAUUGAUGACUUCUCAGCUCUCCAGCAGGGUCUGCGAUUGUUUAGUGUCUGCAUUCACAGCUGGGAGAUACUACACACAGGUCUACUUCACAGGACUGAAAUGAACUAGUGAAAUAGGCACUAAAACUGAGUGCGUCUUUCCUUGUACAUAUACUGCUAUCUACAUAUCUAUGUAACUGCCAUAUGCUGGACAUGCCAUGGGGUUGAAGACGUGUGUCAUGUGUUAUAACCAAUUUUUACUAUUUAAUACCAGUGAGGUUAUGAGGUAUCCUGGGACUAGCUAGGAGAUUUUAGUCUUUUUUUGUUUUGAUUUUUUAAACUUUUAAUGUAUGGUACAGAUCAAAUUUUGUACGUGUACACUCACAUACGCACGUCUUGUGUGUGGGUAAUUAUUGUGUCAAAUAAAAAUGUAAGAAUUUAAA